ACGGAGGAGGGGGCGGCGGUCAGUGCCGGCCGGCUUCAGGCGUCCCCUAGACCAGGGUGGUCAUCCCCAGCUGUGGGGACAUUGUACGAGAAAGGGUUGUAGGAGGACUGAGAGGCUGAAGGGUCGCCUCUGUGAAUAACGACAACAGGCUUAGGACUCAGGGAAAGAAACACCCGGGAGAGGAAGUUAAGGACAGUUAAGACUUUGGCAGCCUUCAAGAUGGAGAGCCCGUAUACCCUCUCACCUCUAGAUUCUAAAAGCAAAUUAAGGGGCGUUGAAUGGACUGGUUUUAAAGUGCAGAAUGUAACAGUUCCCGAUUUCCUUAGUUCUUUGAUUCUCAAACCUUAUAAUACAUACAAAUCACUGAGGAGCCCGUUAAAGGUGCAUAUUCUGGGGCUCCCUGUACUUCUCUCCACCUCCCAAUUCAGAUUCCCCAGAUGUCUGCCAUAGAACCUGUCAAGCUGCAGUUAAGCUGCUGCGCUGUGCUUUGUGACAUUUUGGAGACCCACGUUUUGGGAACACCCCCUGGGUUUCAGGCGCUGCCUGGGUCUCUGGAGAAAACUUCUCCCUUGGGCUUCUUUGGCUUCUUAGGCUUCUUAGGAUUGUCCUCACAAAGAAGUUGACCUUGGGCAAUCUACUUAACUUUCCCUGGCUUCCAUUUCUUAUCUAAUGAAAUAAUUAUUAUAAUAAAACCUCAGUGGGUAAUUGUGAGGAUGAAAUAUGGUCUUGUAUCUGAAAGCAUAUUGUAGACUUGUGCAAUGUUGACUGUUACUCUUAAGUAGCAGCAGGGUGGUGUGGAAAGCUCCAGGGCUUGGAAUCCACCCAAGCCUUUCUUUCUGUAAAUUUAGUGUAAAUAAUACCAACUUUAAAUGGUUGUUUUGAAGAUUAAUUUAAGAAAACUGAAGUAAAUGGUAAAGUAAAUGUUGGUUCAUUCAUUUAGUCGACAGUAACAAUAUUUCCAUUUAUUCUUUCUUUAAUUUGAUGUUUAUACAGUGAGCUCAAACUUUUUAUUCAGACUUUCUGAAUGAUCUAUGCAGUCCCUAAUUCAUGGGCUGUUUUCCUCCACGAACUCUGUAAAGUAUUAUUGCUAUUUCUUUUUCGCAUAAAGAAACCAAGACUGAAAGAAGAUUUAAAAACUUGGCACAAGGUCACACAAUUAGUAAAUGUUAGGAUCAGAAUAAAACCUAGGUCUGGGUCAGGUGUGGUGGCUGACACCUGUAAUCCCAGCACUUUGGGAAGCCAAGGUGGGAGGAUCGCUUAAACCCAAAAGUUUGAGGUUGCAGUGAGCUGUCAUUAUGCCACUGCACUCCAGCCUGGGAAACAGAGUGAAAUGCCCCGUUUUUAAAAAAUAAAGAAAGAAAGAAAACCCAUAUCUGGGUAACUUAAAAGCCUAUACUCUUUGCACAUUAUGAAUAUAUAUAUAUUUCCAUUAUUUCCAUCCUUUGGUCACCAAAUCACUUUUCAGAGGAGAGCUUUAGGGCCUAUGAUAAAUGCUUCUGUUAUCAGUUUCUGUCAUCAGUUAUUGUCAUUUUUCCAUAUAAAUAAUUUAUUUUUACUGCUUAGGCAGGCGCCUCCAAAGUUUGUCUUGAAGCAUAGCUGCAGUUGGAGGGUACCUUUUAAGCUGUUCAAGGUCAAGAUGAAUACAAACUCAAAGGCGGUUUUAUCCCUGGGUGUUCACGUUCCCCAGGCAUGGGAAGAACUUCUGACAAUGAAAGUGGAAGCAAAAAGUCACCUCCAAAGGCAGGAAUCCAGACUGAAAUGCAAUAAUCCACUGGCAAGGGAAAUCUUCCGAAGGCACUUUCGACAGCUGUGCUACCAAGAGACCCCUGGACCAAGGGAGGCUCUUACCCGACUCCAGGAACUUUGCUACCAGUGGUUGAGGCCACAUGUGAGCACAAAGGAGCAGAUUUUGGAUCUGCUGGUGCUGGAGCAGUUUCUGUCCAUCCUGCCCAAGGAGCUCCAGGGCUGGGUGAGGGAACACUGUCCAGAGAGUGGAGAAGAGGCUGUGAUUUUGCUGGAGGAUCUGGAGAGAGAGCUCGAUGAACCACAACAUGAGAUGGUAGCCCACAGACACAGACAAGAAGUCCUCUCUAAAGAGAUGGUGCCUCUAGCAGAGCAGACACCAUUGUGCCUUCAGUCCCAGCCCACACGUGACUCUGCUCAGAAGUGCCAUUCUAUUGGAGAGACAGAUUUAAUAUGUAGUUUGAGCAAAAGGGCACUACUGAUUCCACUUGGGGCCCAUCUCUUCUCUACAGACACAUUUUUAUUUUCCAAAUCUGUUGUGAUCCCCCAGCUAAAAGGAGGAGGAGAACCACAGCCUAACAACAGAGGGACCUUUUUCUUUGUUUCAGAUGAAAUAACCAAGACUGAGGACAGAGAGUUGGUGCUAAGGAAAGACUGUCCUAAGAUAGUGGAACCACAUGGGAAAAUGUUUAAUGAGCAGACCUGGGAGGUAUCACAGCAGGAUCCCCCACAUGGAGAAGUUGGUGAACAUAUGGAUAGGAUAGAGAGGCAGUGGGGAAACCUCUUAGGAGAGGGGCAACACAAAUGUGAUGAAUGUGGGAAGAGCUUUACUCAGAGCUCAGGUCUCAUUCGACAUCAAAGAAUUCACACUGGAGAAAGACCUUAUGAAUGUAAUGAGUGUGGGAAAGCCUUCAGUCGAAGUUCUGGUCUUUUUAAUCACCGAGGAAUCCACAAUAUACAGAAACGGUAUCACUGUAAGGAGUGUGGGAAGGCCUUCAGUCAGAGUGCAGGUCUUAUCCAGCAUCAGAGAAUCCACAAAGGAGAAAAGCCGUAUCAGUGCAGCCAGUGCAGUAAGAGCUACAGUCGGCGUUCAUUUCUCAUUGAACAUCAGAGAAGCCACACAGGGGAGCGACCUCACCAGUGCAUUGAAUGCGGGAAAAGCUUUAAUCGACACUGCAACCUCAUUCGCCAUCAGAAGAUCCACACACUGUCUGAGCUGGUCUAGGGCUUGCUAUGAGCAAGUUUUCCAGAUCACCAGCCAAGUCAUGUGGGGUAGCUUGAGGUUAGAAAAUGCCUCUCUCUCUUCCUUUCUCCACUAAGUGUGUUUGAAACAAAUAAUGACUUACAGCCCAGGGACUUCCUAAAAGGAAAGUUGGGUGUUUGAAGCUACUGUUUUCCCUUUUGUUCGUUUUACCUCUUUCUUAUUCUUACUAGCUGUGUCCCUCUUAUUUAUUAUUUAUUAUUAUUAUUAUUAUUUUUUUGAGAUGGCUGCUAAACCCUUCUAAUAAUAUAAUAAAUGGCACUGCCAGAGCCAGCAUGCCUGAAA